AUGCAGCGCCGUACCCGAGGGCUACGUGAACUCCUGGCUGAUAAUGUGGAGGUGGAUUUGGGUGUCAACUGGGCCUGCCCUUCUGCCGAACCCUUCCUGCGCGUGCUUCAAGAUGAAAGGCUUCUGGACUUCUUGGUGGAGCUCUGCGGCUUGCCAUUGGUGGCCAUGCGCUUGGAGCUCUUCGAAAAGAGGCGAUGGACGGAUAGGGACACUUACACAACCCACGUGGGCUUUAGCUGGAGCCCCGCAGAGGCGGAGGCGGCGGCCAAGCCGCACCCGGUGACCUUGUGGGUGGCACUGGACACUGCAUCCUCUGAAUCUGGAGGUAUGGAGAUGGUCCCCGGACGGCACCGCGAACUGCUGGGCGCCGCUGUCCCGAAGGGAGCCAUCGUGGAUGCCGCAGCACAUGGCCACAGCGUUGAGUACAAGCUCUUACCGGGACAGGCGGGUGUUCAUCAUCCAUUGACACCUCACCGGUCUUUGGAGAAUCGAUCUGCCCACAGCAGGCGCGCCUUUCUGGUGCGUUUGGUGCCAUGGUCCGAGACCAUCCGGCAGCGUGUCACCGAAGAGGAGCCUGUGUGGACCUCCCAGCCUUCGGGGAAAUAUAUCUGGAGGCCUGGAAAUCCUGCAGCCACUGCGCCUGAGAGAGCCUUAAAUCGACUCCUGGUAUGCUAUCCGCAGGAGUCAAAAAAAAACGAUGGCGUAAGGUGGGGAAAGCGACGGAAAACCUGGGGAAACCGCCAUGGAAAAUCUGGGUUGAAUGGGAUUGAUCCAUUUGAUUCAUGGGAUAUUCAUGGUGUGAAAUGGAGAAUGAAUCAGUUGAUAUGUGGAUUUAAAAGGGGAACAUGA